AGUUCUACCCGGUUAAUAAUUGAGUCGUGGACGUUUAGUGAUCCCAUCUGACAGGCCAUCAACUUAAGUAUUUUGGUAUAGCUUUUUUAAAUUGGUAUACACUAAAUAAUAUAAAUAUAUAUAUAUAUUAAUUUGAGUAACAUUUUUCAUUGGAAAUAGUCUUAUUGAAAUCAUUUUACAAGAUACAACUUUAACAAGAUGUCUGAAGAAGAUGUUUCUCUCGAAAACCUCUCCAUAGGUGAGUUAUACACUUCUGAAAAACUUGGCAGCGAUGAGAUAGGUGAUGGUAGCGAAACAAAACCUUUUAAAUCCAUAUUGCGUGCAAUGAAACAUGCUGGAAAAGAACCAUUUCCUGCAAUUUUUGUAGAUUCUAAAAAUGAAGGACAAAUUUAUGAGGUUGCUCCUAAAACACAACUAAAAAAAAAUCAAAAAUUGUGGGUAAGAGAUAAUCAUAAAAAUGCUGAAAAAGCAAAAAAAGAAGAAGAAGAUACAGCUAAACGUAAUAAAAAUUUAGAAGAUGCCAAAAAAAUUACUAUAAAUGAAGAUUUAACGUUAUCACCUGCUAAAUUAAUUAAAAUUAGAAAUGCUAAAGAAUAUCGUAAUUCUAGAGUAAAAGUAUAUGGAUGGGUCCAUAGAUUAAGGCGACAAGGAAAAUCAUUGAUGUUUAUAACACUUCGUGAUGGAACUGGAUUUUUACAGACAGUGCUUAAUGAUAAAUUAUGUCAAACAUACAAUGCAUUAAUGUUAUCUACAGAAUCCUCUGUAUUACUUUAUGGAAUUUUAAAAGAAGUACCUGAAGGAAAAUCUGCUCCAGGGGGGCAUGAACUUCAAGUUGAUUUUUGGGAAUUAGUAACAUUAGCUCCUCCAGGAGGUGCUGAUUCUAUUUUAAAUGAAGAUGCUCAUCCAGAUGUCUUGUUAGAUAAUAGACAUAUUGCCAUUCGUGGAGAAAAUACUUCCAAAAUUUUAUUGAUGAGGUCUAUUGUUACUCAAGCAUUCCGUAUGCAUCAUUUAGACAAUGGUUAUGUAGAAGUGGUUCCACCAACUCUAGUGCAGACUCAAGUAGAAGGAGGUUCUACAUUGUUUAAACUCGAUUAUUUUGGGCAAGAAGCAUAUUUAACUCAAAGUUCCCAACUUUAUCUAGAAACAUGCUUACCAGCACUUGGUGAUGUGUUUUGUAUGGCUCAAAGUUAUCGAGCAGAACAAAGUAGAACUAGAAGACAUUUAUCAGAAUAUACACAUGUUGAAGCUGAAUGUCCAUUCAUAUCUUUUAAUGAUUUAUUGGAUAGAAUAGAAGAUAUGAUUUGUGAUGUAGUAAAACGUGUCUUAGAAUCCCCUCAUGCAGAAAUUGUUAAACAAUUGAAUCCAAAUUUUGUUGUUCCACAAAAGCCUUUUAAAAGAAUGAACUACGGAGAAGCAAUAGAAUUUCUACGCCAAAACAAUAUAAAAAAAGAAGAUGAUACAUUUUUUGAGUUUGGUGAAGACAUCCCAGAAAUGGCUGAAAGAAAAAUGACAGACAUGAUAAAUCAACCAAUAAUGUUGUGUAGGUUUCCUGCAGAAAUUAAAUCAUUUUAUAUGUCACGCUGUCCUGAAGAUAACCAACUUACCGAAUCUGUUGAUGUAUUGUUACCAAAUGUUGGUGAAAUUGUUGGUGGAUCGAUGCGUAUUUGGGAUCAAGAAGAAUUGCUGGCCGGAUAUAAAAAAACAGGAAUUGACCCAAAACCAUACUACUGGUAUACAGAUCAGAGAAAAUUUGGAUCAUGCCCUCAUGGCGGAUAUGGUCUGGGAUUAGAAAGAUUUAUGUGUUGGUUAUUAAACAGAUAUCAUAUUCGAGAAGUAUGUCUAUAUCCUAGAUUCUUGGAUAGAUGCACACCUUAAGUUUAUGGUUUAUUGUUUGGAAUUGAAUAAUGAAUGAUAUACAUGGAUGUAUAAUUUCAAUAUAUUUUACUGUAUAAUUGAGCAUUUUGUUAAAUUGAAAUUAAUGAUUUUUAAAUAAACAAUAUAAUAAAUUGAUUAAAAACAUUAAA